CGUCAUCAAAACGUCAGUGUACCCCAAGAUGGCGAAUGUGCGUGACAGUGAUACCUCCUUGUGGCUUCACAAUAAACUCGGAACAUCAAACGAUUCCUGGACCGGAGGCUCGAUUUGUUCCCAAUUAAACGUCGAGGUAUUAAGGAACAUUAAAGAAUGUUUCCCGGACCUUCAAACCCAAGUGAAAUUAAAACUUUUGCUCAGUUUCUUCCACAUCCCGCGCAGAAACUUGGAAGAGUGGAAAUCGGAGCUAGAGCAAAUACUUGAUGUGGCCCUCCAAGAUUCUGAAUUGUGGGUAGGAAUGAUUGCAGAUGCCUUAAAAACAUACCCGUCAAGUGGUUCACUAAAUAUAGACAUUACAGAUGCUGAAGAAGUCAGACAGAUUUUCAGUGAUUUAAUAAAUGACCUUAAAAAACAUGUUUGGAAGCAAAAUGAACACACAAUUUUACCAAUGGAGUGUCAUUAUUUAAAUAAAAAUGCUUUAGUAUCAGUGGUUGGUCACAGGCCAGAACCAAUAAAACACUUUACAAUAAAGAAAAAGCCAAAAUCCUUCCUUCUUAGGGCCGAUUUACUCCAAAAGUCAUCAGAUGCAGCUUCCAACUUAAAAAAAGCGAGCGCCCCCGUUAUUCCUGUUAGAUCGAGGGGCAUGCCCAGAAAAAUGACUGAUACCACACCCUUAAAAGGCAUACCCAGCAGGGUACCAACUUCAGGGUUCAGAUCUAAUACCCUUAGCACCAGCAUGACCAAUAGGCCUCCACUGACAAGAAUUCCCUCUGGUAGAAAAGAGGGUGGUGUAAAGUUGUUGGAUAUUGCAGAUCAGCCUUUAGGAUAUGCUGCUGCGAAAAAAAGGAAAAAGCAGCAAGAAAUGGAAGAAAACCAAGCAAAAAAAGCCCUUCAAGAGAACCAACCUGGUCUACAAAGCCCGCCAUUGGUCAAAAAAGAGCCUGCAAGCACUCCGGAUUAUGCGGCGGGCUUGGGAAAUGCCACGCCCGCUUAUGCGCCGGCCACACCUCAACCCACUGUCACUCCCACAGCAACGACGCCAUCAAAUAUCAACUCUCCGCCGGCGACGCCAGCGACCCCAAGUGUCGCGAAGGCGACGCCCGUGGUGACACAAUUGACGCCGCCGACGCCCCAGGCCGCCUCGAUUACGCCCCCGACACCGCAGUUACAAUCGACCGCUGCACCGGUGCAACAUAUACAGCUGCAACCGGCCCAACAGCCUCAACAAACCCAGCAAGCAGUGGCACCUCAGUUGGUCACCCCGCAAUACAUUACCACUCAGACCUUAAGGCCAGUGCCUCCGUUGCUCGCGACGGCUCCAAAUGGUCAAAGAACUAUUAUUACUACCGACCAAACGAGCAGUCUACAGCCUCAACAGAUCAUCGCGGGAACGCCGGUGGUGGUUACCCAAAGGGCUGCACAACCACAGCAGCAGCAAUCGCAACAGACUGUUACGCAUAUAAGGCUACAGCCCCAGCCGGCUAAUCAUUUGCAGAAGAGGGGACUUGCUCUUACGCGUGAACAAAUGCUCGAAGCGCAAGACAUGUUCCGCACAGCAAACAAAGUCACCCGACCAGAAAAAGCCCUUAUACUCGGCUUUAUGGCCGGUUCACGUGAUAAUCCGUGCCCACAUCUCGGCAACAUCGUAACAAUCAAACUGUCAGAGGACCAAGAAACGGUGAUGCAACCGGACGAGAGUUGCGUCACUAUGUUAGUGGAAACCCACUUCCAGAUGAACUACAAUAACGGCGAAUGGAAACGGAUCAAGAAGUACCGACAGAUAAAUACGGAAAUCGAACAUUUACAACAAACGCAAGCGGCCACCGCGCUCGUAUGAUUAAAGUUAAAUAAUGUGCCGCCGGUGGUUUUGGAUGUGAGUAAGGCGUGAGGAUCGCUGAGUGAGUAUAUGAUCGAUUGUAAAGAAGAAAAAAAAGAUCGUGAUUGGGGUUUUAUUUGGCCACUUUAUGUUGGAUUCUCUAACAUAUUUAUAAAAAUUGCCUUUCGUAAAUAAAAAUAUUUAAGAAAAUAAUAAAAAGUCAACUUUGGGACAUGCUGCCAUUCAAAGAAAUAUAUCAAUGAUUAAGGUAAAUGUAGCCAUCUUCGGACAGUUAAGGAAAAAUUUUAGCUUUAGCAUUCUCUGCAGAUGUCAAGAGAGGGCAACUUUAAGAUUACGAAAACUUGAUAGAAGUAAAAUUUAGUGCUUUGAACAGAAAGCAAAAAAAAUAGUAUAUUGAAAACACACGAAUGUCCCAGCUGUCGGAUAUCUAGAAAUGUCGGGACCUCAUUAAUAGGAUACGAAUUGACCCAAUAGAGGGACGUAAUAUAUUUUUUAUUUAGGCCGUCGUCCCACCAAAGAUACGCGACGGCGACGCGAAGGCGAUACGAUUUCGCCUGGACACAUUCAGACGACAUGCAGUGGCCCCACCAAAGAUACGCGUUUCGUGUUUCCUACGUUUAGUUGUUCAGUUUAGUUCAAAAUGUCAUUGAGUGAAGACGAGGAUGUGGUUGCAAUGUAUUGGUAUUUGCGGAAUAGAAAAAAAAAUAAAAUGGCAAAAAAAAGAAAAUGGUGUGUGCAUCCUUUUAUUGAGAAAAAUUUAAAAAAAAAAUGUUUGUUGCUGCUAAGGAGCUGCACAGACAUUCAUUAAAAUCCAGUUCAGCAUUUUGCUGUGCCAUAAUAAACAAAACUUCGAUAAAUGAAAAAAAAAAAACGCCAACACACACAGCUUGAAUGUUGCUUCGCAACUGACAGGUCCAGUCUCCCGGCAACACGAAGGCGACACGCUUUUGGAUGUGUCUUCGGCGCAGCGUUGGUGGGAACAAAAUAAUUUUAAAACAUGGGUUCGACACGAAAGAUACACGCUGGCGACAUCGCGGAGAUGUGGCGUCGCUGUCGUGUAUCUUUGGUGGGACGACGGCCUUAGUUUAGUUAACUGCACUUUUAUUAUACAGGGUGUUUUUUUAAUAUUGCCACAAAAUUCAGUGGCGUAUUCCUUGGACGAAAUCAAGCAAAAAACUUGCUAUGGUGUUUCCUCAGGUGGUAGAGUUGAAAGAAACACUAGAUAGUAGAUAUUUUUUUGAAAAGUGAUACCCGGUUCAAAGCAUCCAUAGCGUUUUUCCUAUACACAAUUUAAAUUUUUAUAUUCGCCAAUAGCGUUCAUGCGGGCUUUGAACUGAACAUUUUUUUUUAAAUAAAAGGGCACGUCAUUAUUUUUUCUUGUAACAAAAAAUAUUUUUAAAUUCUUAAUUUCUUUUAGAGCGUCUCUAAUUUCGCCGGAUUCACGGUUUUCGCAUACAAAAAUAAAAAUCAUUAUUGUGGAUAGCCAUAACGCCUAAAUCUGAUUAUUCUAAUUCUAAAGUAAUACUCGACUUUUAUAACUCUAUUUUCAUUUUUUGAAGUUUUUCCGGUAAAACAUUCUUUAUAAUACUAAUACAUACAUGUAUACAUGAACCAAAUUUAUCGAAAAAGGUAAGUUUUUUUCUUUCAACUUUUCACUCUGUAGUGUAAAAUCUAAGACGUGUAGAACACAUGCUCAUAGGAAUCUUUAUCCCUGAUUUUAUCCUAGGAACACGCUUCUGAAUUUUGUCGCAAUAUUAAAAAAACAGCCUGCAUUAAAGAACAAGUAAAUUUAAAGGUUAAAAGAAAUGUAUCUACUAUUUAUUACUAUCUAUAAACCUAAAUCAAAUUCUACUAAAAAAAAAUAUGUUUAGGCGCUCAUUGCAGCACAGAUAAAAUAAAUAUUAAUAUGCAUCAUAGCUAAAACCUAUUCUUUUACUUCUGAAAUAAAAUAUAAUCCUCUUUUGUUUAAAAUCUUUGACUCUUACUGUAAUUACAUCUUCUCUUUGGUAAUACAAAACAUUCCUUGACUGGCCACUUCCAAUUGGCAGAACUGGCUUCAAUUGCCUUGACUUUGUAUUCAUUUUCUUUUUGUUUGAUCUCAAGACAGAGUCUGGAAAAUAUGCUGUUGACAUCUGGAUUUUGUUUAUUUGUUUCUAUUGGAUGUUUUUAUAACUUCUUGAGUAACUUUAUUUCUAUCCUGUUUGUCAAUCCUUUGUUUUUUCGAUAAUUUUUUUUUCGCAUUUUCGUCUCUCAAAGCUUUAUCAUCUGAUAGUACAACUAAAUGCACUUUUUCUUUGUUCUUUUUAGUUUUAUUUUCUUUUUCAUCUGGUGACAUUUUCCAGAAUAAGGUUUUUAAAUAUAGUUAAAAUGGUACUGGGCGAGUUAGGUAUCUUUUAUUUUAUUAGGAAACUUUUCCAAUGCAUGUAUAUAAAAUACGGCAACCCUUAUUCUCGUGAUCAAUUUAGCCAGGAGUUAUAUUUAUGUCUGUUUCUAUAAUUACAUUGUUCUUAACUUUAUUUAUUGUUUGAUUUUCUUCAUAAAAGCUAUUAUUUGAAAAAAUUGUAAUAUCAAUAUCAUCUUAUUAUGUAAUAUCAAUUCAUAUUAGUAUUGUAUUAAAAUUUGUCAGAGUACUAUUUCUACUUUUAUCAGAAUUCGAUAAAUUAAUACUUCUUUUUUUGCUUCAUUAUUUUCUGCAAUCAUAUCUAAUUUUGGAGAAAUUGAGAAAUCAGUAAUGCGUGAACUGGAGAUAAUAGACAUUUCCUGAAGUUGUUCUGUAAUUUUUAAAUUAUCAUUGAUGUUGAUAUGUAUACUUUGAAUAUUAUUUUCAACAAUAUCUUGCAACUUUUGUGUAAUAUUAUUAUUAUUAACCCCAGUAAUAUUUGCAUCUUCUUUUAGCUUUUGCCAAAAGGUAAAUACGGCUUUGUCUUAAGGAUUUCCUUGCCACAGAACUCCGGAUGAUUGAAACUUACCAAUUUUUUCUUUAUUAAAUUGUUCAAACUAUAACAGAGAAUUAAAAUCACCUUUUAUUUAGUUGAUUAAUUUAGGAUUUAUUUUUAUAGGUCCACGACUUCUAAAUCCAUUUCUUAUGAUAUAUGAAAGCCGAUCAUUAAGAUUCUUAAGAUUUCUUUCUAAACAUCUCAAACAUCUGUCAGUUUAGCAUCAUUUUGUUCCAUCCUUCACUGGUUCUUUUCCUUUUCAAUUUUUAAUGAAAUACCGCAACGUCUAACGGUUGUAAUAUAUUAGUGUAGUUAUGGUGCAGACUUACAGGAAUUAUUUUAUUUUUGGAUACUAUUUGCUAAUUAUGAUUUAGAAAUAGGAAAUCCACAUAAAGGAUAAAGGACCCAGUUGACUAAAUGAUUUUCUUCCUCCCUGGUCAAGUACGUAUCUGGUCCCAACUUUACAUUUAUUAAAGUUUUACCAGCCUUUUUGUCACUUAAAGUGGAUUUUGGUACAUUAAAUGUUUUACUUGCCAUUUGACACUCUAUUUUGAAUGGUUUCCAGAACAUUAAUUAGACCAUGCCUUUAAUAAGAUUGGUAUUUGGACAUACUUGUAUGUAUACAGGGUGUUACAGAAUAAGAUGCUGAUCCUUAAGGGUGUUAAUCCUUAGGUGAUUUUAAGAAGAAAAGUUCAAAUCAAGCUAUGUCUAAACUCCUUAACUUUGGAGCUACAGAGUGUUCAAAAAACUAUAUGAGUGUUGUGGUGGCCACUUUCAACAGCUAAUAAAAAACUAUUUUUAUUUUUGUUCUCCUAUUAUUCUUUUAACUUAAUUGUAAAAUAAUGUAUGUACAUAUUUUUAUAAAAUAAAUAAAUUAAAUUUUUUUUACUAAUAAAUUGACCGCGCAUAAAAAUGUUUUUAUUAUUUUUCCGCGGUAAUCGCAUGUCGAACGAAAAAAUCAAGAAAUCUAAUUUGCGCUAAAAUGAAUGGGAAUUAUAAAAAUAGUUUUUAUUUUACGUACGGACUGUUCUUGUACGGACGCCACUGAUUAAAGUUUUUAACAAAAUCUCCUACAUCAAAAAAUGGGUGUUGAGACUCAGAGGGUGUCUGCUAAAUUUCAUAAACAUAUCUAGGAAAUUAUGAAAGUUAUGAUGAAGAAACGAUUUUUUUUCUUAAAAUGUUAAUACCCUGUAACAAAAUUUAAGGGGUUUAGGGCAUAGCUUUAUUUAAACUUUUCUUUUUAAAAACAACCUAGGGAUUAACACUCUUAAGGAUCAGCAUGUUAUUAUGUAAAACCCUGUAUGCGGGGAUCAAAAAAAUCUGGAAAAAAGUGAUCUAUUACUAUAACAAUUCUGAGUAAGUAGAUACUGAAAAUAUAUGUACUUAUUCUACAGAGGGUACCGAAUCCCCGGACCGCUGAACUUAUGGUCAGUAUAAUUUUUUUUUUAAUUUUACAAAAAUUAAAUUUGUAUUGAAAACAAAAUCUUUUCUAUAAAUAAUUGAUUAAAAUACCCAAGCUAUUUAAAAUGUUAGCUUCAAAAUUUAACAAAAUUGCUUUAAAAAUAAUUCGAACUGAAAGGACCGAAUCCUCGGACAAUAACUGUCGGAGGAUUCAGUAUAUCAUAAAAAAACGCUGUCCGGAUUCUAGUCCAAAAACUAAUCAAAUUUUUUCCUAGACUUUUGUGCAAUUAUAUUAUAAAAUUAUAAAAGCAAUGAAUUAUAAACACAGGAUGUUAUUAACCAAUAUUCGGACGAGUCCGAUUUUUUGAAGUUGUGAGAUUUUUCUUGCCCCAAUGCCUGAACAACUCAUUUUAAAAUGAGAAAAGAAGUUUAUAGCACAAAUAAAACUAAAAUAAGUACUAAAAUAUAUGUAAAGAAACAUUUUACAAUAAAAUUUUUAGUGUACCAUAAUACCUUCACCAAGGGCUCUACACUCUUUGCCGAAAACUGUUUACUAAUUAUAUGCGUUAUUCUAUUAUAAUUUCGCUGCUGGAGGUAUAACUUACAUAGACAUUGCUGUAAAUUUUUUUUUUUGCAAAACAUCAAAAUAUCUUAUCAAUGAGGAAAACAUUGAUAUCUGUCCGAAUACUAGGUCACGUUGGUACAUUUACUUUAUGACAUAUAAAUUGGCAUAAUUUCAAAACGGGUUUUGAAUUAUUAAGCAGUAAUAUUUAAUAUUACAGUUCUGUCUGCAAGUCUGUGAAGCUUUUUUUAAAAAAAAAUAAUUUAAACUUACCUCUAAUCAAAAGAAAUCGUCGAUAAACGAAGUACAAACGAACCCGCGUAUGUAUGGCUUAAGGACCAUUGGCGUUUAUUUUUAAUUUUAACUUUGGCGCUUGUCCAAUACUUAAUCGGAUAUUACAGCAAAACGGAUUUUUUGUUCAGGAUCAAAAGAUCAUUCGGUGCGGCAUAAAAGUGUCUUUAACCUGAUAUUAAGAACCGAUUUUUGGCAUUUGUGCCUUUCUGCCUUGAUAUCGUCGGUACUUCCAUAACAUUCUUUUUGCGUUGCUCCGACAUUCUCCUAGUUAUUUGUGUUUUAUAUUCCGAGUUCGGAUUAGAUGAUAAAUUUAAAGCACACACUCAUCCUCCACAUCAGGACAUUCGAAUUUUGUUAUAGUGACAUUAUUCAUAAGGGUCAUCUCUUCAUCUUUGGAAACUAUCGAAACUCCCUAAGACGGCCAAUCCUCUGUUGACUAAUGUAUAAAAAUGUUUUAGCAACCUCUAUCUUUGUAUAAUUGUUUCCAAUUGAGUGUCGUAAAACCCCCUAGCCAAUCACAAAUCCUCAAUAAACAGGGUCAAAGACAGGUUAGGCUUCCUGUUAGGAUUUACUUCAAACCACUGGUAAGGAUAUUGCAUAGGUAACUUUCCUGAUUGUUGGUUUGCGAUAGAUAUGAACAAUGGUCAGAAAAUCAGUAAGGACUAUUGUUUACUGUAUGUUUACUAUAUAAUAUGUAUAGGAAAAAAAUGAUCCUUCAAACUCAAGUCAGGUUUAAACAUUAAAAUAUUUAUAAGACUGAUCCAGUUACAUUUUAAUUUUCUUAUAAUACAGUAAUUGAGUUUCAGAAAUGUAGUAAUAUUACGUUAAUAUCGGUAGUAAGACAUGUUGGUCCAAUACUCUGAACUCUCAAUGAACGCCCUAGUAAUCUUUCAGUUCAGAAUUGUCCAACUGAUACCGAUACAGCAAUUUAUAUUUUUAGAUGAUUUUUGUAAAUAUUUUGCAGUUUUUAUUUUAGACAAAUUAAUGAUGACUAACUUUUGACAAAAAAAAAUACAAAAGUAUGCUUUUUGAGUGUGUAAUAGUUUUUUCGUGCCUAGCACGUAUUGUAUAUUGAGAUUUAGUUAAUUUUAAUUAAGGCCUCAUGAAUUUAUAUGUAUAUAUAUAUAAGCAGAAAUUAAUUAGUUUUUUUUUUUGUACAAACGUUUUUAUUUUCGGCAAGAUGUUGUUAUCGAACUUUCGUAUAUUUGUUAAUGUAUAUAAAUAAAAAAUAUUUAAUAUUUUUAA